GCAUUGGCUAUGGACAGAUGGUCGCCACCCUCGCCGUGGUAACGUACUACGUGAGCAUCAUGGCGACCUGCGUCUUUUACUUCAUCAAGUGCUUCAACAAAGAGCUCCCUUGGGCGGAAUGUUCGAACGAAACUCUGAGCGCCAAUUUGACGUGUUCCGAAAACUACUACGUGAACGAAGUGUUGAAACAGUAUAAUUCAACUCAAGGCGUCGACGAAGGACUGGGAGCGCCCGAGUGGAGGCUGACCCUGUGCCUCCUCUUCUCCUGGGCCAUGAUCGUCUUCUCUCUCAUCCGAGGAGUUCAGAGCUCGGGAAGGAUCUCGUACUUCACCGCCUUGUUCCCUUACGUCGUGCUCGUCACCUUGCUCAUCCUGGGAGCUACGCUCGAAGGAGCCGUGGAUGGGAUCAAGUACUUCAUCACACCCCAGUGGGAAAAACUCGCCGAGGGAAAAGUGAGUCAGCUCGAUUUCUGCUCUUUACUUUUUUUUCCCGUAGAAAAUCGAUCUAGAGCUUCCGUUUCCUUUCAGGUUUGGUUCGCGGCAGUGUCUCAGUGUUUCUUCUCCCUCUCGGUCGGUUUCGGCUCCAUUUCCAUGUAUGCUUCGUACAAUCCAUUCACACAUAAUGUGUACAGGGAUGCUAUGAUCAUCAGCGUGAUGGACACAUUCACGAGUCUUUUGGCAGGGUUCUCCAUUUUCUCCAUCCUUGGGAACUUGGCCCAUACCUCGGACAAAAAAAUAGAAGAUGUCGUGAAGGCCGGCACUGGGCUCGCCUUCAUCUCCUAUCCAGAUGCCAUCGCCAAAUUGGAUGCCGUUCCACAGCUGUUUGCGGCGAUAUUCUUCCUGAUGUUGUGGACUCUAGGGGUGGGGAGCGCAGUGGCCCUGAUCGGCUGUGUCAUCACGGUCAUUUGUGACAGAUUCCCCUCGUGGGACAGGAGGAUUGUAACUGUCGCCCUGUGCAUCUUCUCUUUCCUCAUCGGCCUUACAUACGUCACACCGGCGAGUAUCACGAAUGCAGCUUCGAAAUUGAAUUUCAACAUUGUCGCCGGACCUUACGUACUGGGACUCGUGGAUUACUUCUCUGGAGGUUUUGUCAUCUUCGUUCUGGCCCUGCUGGAAGUGGUUUCCAUC